AUGAUUCGACCGCCAAUGAGAAAACUAAUGAUUUCCAAUCGAUCAGCGGGAUCUCGUCAAGAAGAUGUCAUGGUUCUAAGCGAUGGCACAAUAGUUAAAUCUCCGACGAGCCGACAAUCGUGUUCUCCAGAUGAUAAGGAGUCUGACGUAAUUAAUUAUUCGCUUCUUCAAGACGUCCUGAGCGAAGGCUACAAAAUCGCUACACUUUACGAUCCUAAAGAUCACAUAGAAAGUAUUGCUAAACUGCGAAGACGUCUCAAGAAUCUCUUUGCAAACCUUCCUCCGUCAAGUCGCAGUCCCUAUAUCAGUUCUCUAAAUAUCAACCCAACACCUAGUCAUCCCCACUUUUAUCUGUCUCCGUCGAGCACAAAACUCAAUAUAGUUAAGCGAAGCGAAGAGAAUAAGCGGGUUCGUCACAAAUCCCAGAGAAGACGAUGCACACAUGACACUGCCACUCAUCCGUCUCGUCUAAAUUUCUCUCAAAGCACCGGUGAUUUGAAUCGGAUUAUCCGAACCCCGUAUCCAACGAGCCCAAGUUAUUUAGGACAAGAAGAUGAUAGCGAUGAGCGUAAAACCAAGAAGAUUUUGAAAAGUCCCCCACCACCAGAAAGAAUUCCGUCGUCAAUCGGUGAUGCAAGUGAUAUUGGUGAAAUAUCGAUAUUUGAGGCAUCUAAAUCAAAUAUGGACGACGAGUGGGGAGAUGACGUUGAAGGUGAUGAAAUCAGUGCAGACCAAUUCACAAUUCCUCCAGCUACUCCGGUGAGUUUGAGCUGUCUCGAGGAUAUGUCAAACUUCCAGAGAACUCAAUAUAUGGUAUUUCCAAUGCGCGAUUCAUCGAAGAAACCGUAUCUAAUCAAAUUCCCCGAUGAUUUACACGAAGAAGAAGAGAAAAUUAACGGAAGUAUUUGGGGCUCCGACACAAGUUUAGAAGAGGAGUUCAAAUUAGCUUCUCAAAUAACAGCUGGAAUUGUAAUCGACGACGCCGAAGACUCGCCGAUACAAUCACCAGCACCUAUAUUGGGAGAUCUUGUUUAA